GGGCUGGGCGCGGGCGCGCUCCCCCUCCGCCCCCAGCUGCAGGAAGCGGCUUUCCCGGCCGGCAGAAGGGAGCAGCGUCCCCGGAAGAGCCUCUGCGGCGGGACGGAGGCGGCGCUGUGUCUCUGCGAUCGAUUGAGGCCGCCUUGGAGGUCUCCCAGCCCGGCCGCAGCGGGGCAGAGGCUGGUGUGUAGUGCCCGGCUCCGGGCCGCCCCGUGGCUGGUGGCGCGGAGAGGGGCGACGAGCGGGGUUGCCCUUACCCGCCAUGUGGCGAGUGGCCACAGCCAGGGCCUGGGCCGCCUGCUUGCGGCCUCCCAGACAGUGCCGGGCCCCGGGGCCGCGCUCCGGCAGCAGGGGGGCAGCGACCGUGGCCGUGGAGCCCGCGGCGGGGCUGGCGGACGAGCCGGUGGCGACCAAGGUGCUGGGGCUCGCCCCGGGGCAGCGGGUGACGCUGAGGGGACUCGUGGUGAACGAGCAGGGCUGCCUCUUCGACUCCUGCGCCCACUACCUGGCGGACAGCCGCGGGGAGGUGGACCUGUCCAGGGACACCUCCCAGGGCGGGGACUACACUGGGGUGGAGCCCAUGGGGCUGUUCUGGAGCCUCUCCCCUGCCGGUAUGGAGAGACCCUACCAGAGGCUCGUGCGGAAGCAGAUUAAGACCCCCAUGAAGGUGGAGGUGUCAGUCCACCAAGGGCACAGUCAUCCUGGCACCAUCCCGGGGCAGGUCCUAGCCAAGGCCAAUGUGGAGAGAUGGUUCACUGCCCCCGGUGUGCGAAGGAUUAGGCUGAAAGAGGGCAGCGUGAGAGGCAGCCUGUUCCUACCCUCAGGGGACGGCCCCUUUCCAGGAGUGAUCGACAUGUUUGGUGAUGAAGGUGGAUUGAUUGAGUUCAGAUCCAGUCUCCUAGCCACCCAUGGCUUUGCUGCUCUUUCUCUGCCCUAUUUUGACUUUGAGGAUCUGCCCACUGUCAUGAAGGAUUUGCACCUCGAAUACUUUGAGGAGGCAGCUAGAUUUCUACAGCGUCACCCAAAGGUGAAAGGGCCAGGGAUUGGAGUAAUCGGGACAGGGAAAGGGGCAGAACUGGCAUUUUCCAUGAUUACUUUCCUGCCGCAGGUGGUGGCUGCUGUCUGUAUCUCUGGCUGUAGUGCCAAUACAGUCGCUGCUCUUCACUAUGGUGAGAUGACUCUGCCUGGGUUGCGCUUUGACAUGAGCAAGAUCAGCAUUUCUGAGACUGGUGUGUUUGAUAUUUUUGACGCUCUGGAUGACCCAAUGGAUCCAGCUAAUUCCCACUGCCUCAUCCCCAUAGAAGAAGCAGAAGGUCAUUUUCUCUUGGUGGUAGGAGAAGAUGAUCGCAAUUGGAAGAGCUCUUUAUUUGCCAAGAUGGCAAUUGAGCGCCUGCGCCAACAUGGGAAGGACAACUUUAAACUCUUGAGUUAUCCAGGAGCAGGCCACCGAAUCGAUCCACCCUUUUUGCCAUUUUGCUCAGUAGCCCUGGACUGUGUCCUAGGGUUGCCCAUUCUGGGUGGUGGGGAGAGAAGAGCACAUGCCCAUGCACAGGAACAUUCCUGGGGGAAGAUCCAGGAGUUUCUGCACUUACAUUUGGGAUGAACACCUCAUUACCUGAAAGCUGCCAAUAAAUUGCAGGGAGCUGAGAGAGGAGCCACCCAAGGGAGUAGAGGACUGGGGGAAAAGUUAAAUAUGCAUUUCUUGAUCAAAUGACAACUCAGUGGCAGGUGUAAACACGGAGAUGGGUGAGGAUUUAUUUAAGGUGGUGGAAGGGGCAAUAGCUAGGAGUAUUGGGGAGAAAUGGAACAAUGGAAAACUUCAGGGUUCAUGUUAGUAAAGGUUUCCUGAUGCCAAGAUCACUUUAGACUGGGAAAUAAUCACCCAAGGAAGGUGGUAGAAGUCCCCUCGCUUACAGCAUGUAAAGGAGCCCAGCAACCUGGCCAGGCCUGCAGAGAAUGGCAGUUGAGGAGACUCACCUGCACUGAGUGGAAUGAUGGUAGCCCAAGAUAAGAUUUUGAAACAGCCAUGCCCUGUGAGCUGGACAUGUUUGGCUCACCCUUUGGGACUUGAAUCCAUUAGUUCAGCCCAGAUGUCUUCCACUAGCAUGUGUCCCCCACAGAGCACUCUAUUUUAAAGCUGUAACUGUUUGCUCUGCCUGCUUUGGAAAUCUUUUCUAUUUGAAUUUUAUUUGGGGUGCAUACCUGGAUACAUGUGUCUAACAUCUUGAUGUUGGUUAUCAGCUUUCAGCAAGCACAGCCAAUGGCUCCUUACACAGCCAAUUGGUUGCAAAGAAAGAUGAAGUGUUUUCAAUGCCUGCUAAUGAGAGGGGUAGUGCCAGCAGUGAUUUACUAGUUGAGUAUUCAAGAGGGACUCAUCUCUAUCUGUGGUGUCUUAGGCUGGAAUCUAAUACUUGGCUAGUGGAUAUUACAGUUCCACUGGAUAGCUUGGUUAAAUGCAGUUUUGUUAUAUGCAUUGAUAUAUUUCCUUCUUUCUUCCUGCAGUUCAGUCUUCUAACUGCCUGUUUUUAAAGUAGUAAUGACUGUUGUUAAAUGAGGAAUGUGAAGAAGCCAGUUUUUGGAACUGCCUAGUAAUGGAUAGUGGCCGUCAGUAGCCAUUGGAUACUGAAUAGCUGAUACUGAUAACCACUAUUGAGAGGAGCGGAGGAGCAGAUGGAUGAUUU